AUGGAUAGAACUUUAGAAUUACCAACACAAAUUCUCCACAAUAUACUCUCUCGCCUCUCCACAAAAACUGCGGCUCAAACCAGUGUGUUGUCAAAGCCAUGGCUUAAAGCAUGUUCUACGAACCCCCAUCUUAGUUUUAAUGAAUCUUUUUCGAAUCAAACUGAUUCUGAUGGUCUGGUGGAUAAAUGGUUAGAUAUAGUUGCAGAGAAAGGGGUUUCACAGGUUGCACUUUUGGCGAAAAGCAGAUCAAGAUUAGUUUCAGAAAGAUAUACUUUGUCAGCUUAUACCAUAUUUGCUAUGGAAUCAUUGCAGGAGUUGGAGCUAAAUUAUUGCAAAGUACUGAAACUAAAACCAAUAAUAUUUGAAGAUAGUAAAAUUAAGUGUCGUAACCUAAAAAGUGUUAUGAUCGGAAACUGGAUAGUGCGAAAUUUCACCGAAUAA